AUGGCCGUCGUGCCUCCUCAUUUGUGUGAGGGCUGUUCAACAAGUCGCGCACAGAGGUUGGACACCUUGGCACAACUGGUCAACACGACACGCUUGACGAGUCCUGACCUCGACACGACGACUCUGUCACUCAACAUCCGAGCCGACGACGACUCCACCGCCGAGUCUAUCCAGACUGUACUAUGGAUACUCGUUGUUCUCUCCGCUAUCUUCUUGGGUCUCCGGUUAUACUGCAAGAUAUCAUAUUCGUACACAAAGUUCAGGUUUGAGGAUGCGCUCCUCAUAGCGUCAUGGCUCGUUCUUGCUGGAGACGCCUCUCUCAACGAAUUCAUAAUCAAGUCUCGGUUUGGCCGCCCCGACUUUCCCAUCACCAUCGACAACAUCAGCACACUAGCAAUCGUCGGCUUGUCGUCCAUCACAUGUUCGUUUGUGGGCCAGGUCUGGAGCAAAACUGCCUUCGCCAUCUCGCUUUUACGAAUGUGUGACGGGUGGAAAAAGGCUUUCGUCUGGUUCAGCAUCAUAUCGAUGAACGUCCUAUUCGCCUUCGCUGCCCUUUCCUUCUGGAUUGGUUGUGUGCCACUCGAGAAGCGCUGGAAACCAUUCUCUAAUGAAGGAACGUGCUACGACUUGAAGUGGGUGAUAUCCUUUGGGGUCUUCGUGUCAGUGUACUCUGGUCUUCUGGAUCUAGCACUCGCUGCUAUUCCGUGGAUGAUCCUCAUGCGCCCGACGCCGGCAGAAGAAUCAUCAGGUCUCACUCUCAGUAAGAAAGAGAAGAUCGGCGUCUCCGUUGCUCUCAGUAUGGGCGUGUUAGCCGGAAUCGCGGCCUUCGUGAAAGCAUCUUACAUGAGGUCCGUGAACGACACAACAGGAGAUUUUUCGCACGGUGGAGCGCAAUUGGCUGUUUGGGCUGCCGCUGAGACUGCUAUUACUAUCAUGGCGGCAACUCUACCCGUAUUACGCGUUCUUCUGCGCGACACUGCGGUAAAAACCCGAUAUCUCCCGGAAGCCAUCAAAAUGAGAGUCAGAAGCACAACAAGACGAUCAGAGAGGGCUUCGAGGAGAAGAACGGUCGAGACUCCCGAGGACAAGAUGCAUCUAGCGUCAUCGGGCGCUUCCAUGUCGACAGCAGGGGCGUCUUCAUCUUCGUCCGGCUCUUCAUCCGCAGAUUCCCAGAAGACCCUGGUCAGCAAACCCACAGCCUAUCAGGUCACCAAACCGAUCAGAUAG